AUGGCUUCCAACUUCUCGCGCAGCGGUCUCAUGACCCAUGCAACCCAGGCCUUCCAUGCUAUCUCUACAGCUACCUUUCCAGCAGGCAAGAGAAUGAGCGAGUCGGGGUCACCAGCGGAUGGCCUAUCGGCCUACUACGUACACAACCCGUCGUCAACACAUGCACCAGGAUCUGAAAUACCCAAAGAGACCACGCUUCAAUUCCACUUGGCCCAGCAGAUUGCUGAAGCCAUGUAUCUCAAGGCUCGCCGAAUCAAUCUGGUACGCGAAGGAAGUGGCAUCGACGGCAUCUUUCUUCGUGCCCACGAUAACAUCUAUGCCGCUUACCCUGUGGACGCCUACCAGAGUGUAGCGAUGACGAGUAUCCAAAAGCUUCGCUGCGAGGCAGCAAUCAUCAUCAACUCCGACAUCAUUGACUCUGCCCUUUCCAAGCUACGACCAGGUCAGACUGAGCUCAUUCUCACGCCUCAACAGCGUGUUCAAGUUGUCAAGGAUCUUGACAGUCUUUGGUCUUGCCGUAAAGGUCAAGGCGCCGCUUUCAUUCAGGCGGAAGCUAUCAUGGUGGUCUGGACCGAGGAUGGCAAAGACCUCAUGGAUGCCGCCUUGAGCUUCCAAAACUCGGUGCUCGAAUACUUUGAAGCGCUACGAAGAGGAAACUACUGGGGAAGCCUUACUUCUUACAGCUCGCACAAGAAGUCGAUCUACGGACACUCCAAAUCAAACAGCAUGGCAAGCUCGGCUGCCUCUUCACAGACGCAGCUACAUUCGUUUGCUUCGCAAUCUGAUCUCGCUCACGGCAAAUUUGGCAACCACAAGCCGUCUCCUUCGCAUGCGAAUAGCUGGAACGAGAAAACUCAAGACUUUUCCGAAACGAGCAUGGACGAGUCCAUGGAAGCCGGCAUCGUGCAUGAGUUGACGACUGCCAAACGUCCUGUCUACAAUCUCGCCCCUCUCCUUACCGGACUUAGUCUGGGUCUCAACCUCCUUCUUAGCGGCAUUUUCAUGCGCAACGUCCUUGUGACCUGCGUCACUCUCAACAACUACUGGUACCUCUUCGCUCUGCUUGCUAUUCCCUUCCUCAUGAUGCUCACGCAAUUCUUUACCGACAACAUCCUCGGAUGCAUCGCACAGAUUUUGCUACCUUACGGUCAGAUGAAGAAGAACUCGCUCUACUACUCGGGCGAGAAGCCGGUACCCCUUCCUAUCGAUGUCCAGUUGCCGUCCAUCACGAUUCAAGUUCCCGUCUACAAGGAGUCGCUUGAAGGUGUCAUUGCUCCUACGAUUCUCGACAUGAAGAGAGCUAUGAAGAAGUACGAACUUCAAGGUGGCAAGGCUAAUAUUCUCGUCUGCGAGGAUGGAAUGCAGCUCAUCAGCGAAGAGGAGCAACAAGCUCGCAAGGAGUUCUACCAGACUCACGGAUGCGGCUGGGUCUCUCGACCUGGACACGGCCAUAACGGCUUUGUGCGACCUGGUCGCUUCAAGAAGGCCUCCAACAUGAACUUUGUUAUCGACUUCAGCUAUGACGUUCAGCAGCUGCUUGACGGUGGACGAGCUCAGAACUACGAUGAGGCUCUCGAAAUGGCGUUGCAGGCUCGCAAUGGCAUUGCCCAAGCCGAGGGCGAGGUACGCCUGGGUGAUUACAUCUUCCUCAUUGAUUGUGAUACCCGUAUCCCUGUUGAUGCCUUUUUGGACGCUGCCAGCGAGAUGGAGUCGAGCCCUGAAGUUGCUAUUCUUCAGCAUUGUUCCGGUGUCAUGUACGUCGCCGACCACUUUUUCGAGAACAUGAUGGGCUUCUUCACCGACAUUGUCAACUGGUCUAUCUCUUGGCUCGUCGCAUGUGGUGCCACGGCACCUUUCGUCGGACACAAUGCCUACAUCCGAACAGCUGCUCUCCUCCAAGUCUCCGAACGCGACCCCAAGACAGAUCAGCUGAUCACCUGGUCCGAAAGUUCAGUCUCGGAAGAUUUCGACAUGUCGCUCCGUCUUCAGUUGCAGGGUUAUGUCGUCCGUUGGGCAACCUACUCCAACCUGGGCUACCUCGAAGGCGUCUCGCUGACGCCUUCCGAUGAGCUCAACCGUUGGCAAAAGUAUGCUUUCGGCUGUUCAGAGAUCAUCAUGCAGCCUCUGCGCUUGUGGCUCACCAAGGGUCCACUCACUCCGCUUUUCGUCAAAUUUAUUACUAGCGACAAGUGCAGUCUCUCGCAGAAGAUUACUGUCUCAUCGUACAUGUUCAGUUACUAUGCGCUGGCUAUGAGCUUGCCCUUUGCCAUUUGCAUGUUCAUCGUUGUCGGUCUUUACGAGAACGAGACCCGCCAGUAUAUUGUCGACUCUUUCAAGAUCUGGCUGUCGAUUCUCGUCAUCUUCUCAGCCGCUGGCACCACUGCCAGGUUGCUGUGCUUCCUACGAAGCAGGCAAGAGGGCUUCUUGAACGCACUUAAGAGGCAGUUCGUCUACUUCUGGCCGAUGAUCGUCUUCUUCUCGGGACUGCCUUAUCACAUCCUCCUUGCCAUCUUAGCUCACCCAAUUGAGUACAACAUGACCUGGGCUGCCACGCAAAAGGACGUUCAAGAGACAAGCCUGCUCGACGAAAUCAAGGAGAUCAUGGACCGUUACUGGGAUUGCUACCUUGUCAUUGCGAGCUUCCUUGCACUCAUGCUCCUCUUUGGUACGCGCCUCCUCAGUCAGGAGUUUUGCAUCUACGGUAUCAAUCUCUUCUGGCCCGGAUCCAUCACGAUUGCCGGGCACUUCUUUUACCCCAUCCUUCUAUCCCCUGUUUUCAUGCGUUUCAACUUUUAA